AUGACUACUACAACUUCAACUACAAUUACGCCAACUGAUAAAAAGGUUGUAAAGAAAUUAAAACAAAAUCAUAUUGAAAAUAUCAAAACAAAAGAAGAAAUUAGAGAUAUUAAUUUGGAAGAUAAUUUGGAAGGAGAUCAAGACGAAGACGAAAAAAUGAAAGAAUCUUUGGUUAAAGAUGAUCAAGUAGAUCGAUACGCAUUGACAAUUGAUGACUUUGAUAUUAAUAUUUCAAAUAUUAUGGAAUCAUUUGAUAAAUCAAAGGAUAGAACUAGUUUUUUAUUAGAAAAAGAGACUCUAUACAUGUCAUAUAUGCAUGUUUAA